AUGAAAAACUCAAAUAGUUCUUUGGAGUUCUUACCUACAAAGUUCAUUCUGGUUGGAAUCCCAGGGCUGGAGGCAGAACACAUCUGGUUAUCCAUCCCCUUCUGCCUGAUGUACAUUAUCAUCUUCCUGGGGAAUGGCACCAUUCUUCAUGUCGUCAGAACAGACGCCGCUCUACACCAGCCCGUGUACCUGUUUCUUGCCAUGUUGGCCCUGGCUGAGCUUGGUGUCUCUGCACCCACCCUGCCUACAGUGCUAGGCGUCUUCCUCUCUGGCACGACUGAGAUGAGUUCUGACGCAUGCCUUUUCCAGAUGUUCCCCAUCCAUUCUUUCUCCAUUAUGGAGUCAGCUGUGUUGCUGGCCAUGUCUGUCGACCGAUUUGUAGCUGUCUACAGCCCACUGCGCUAUACAGCCAUCCUAACUCUGCCCCGCAUCUUUGGCACUGGAGCUAUUAUUGGGCUGAAAAGCAUUAUGCUCAUGGCCCCAUUGCCCAUGCUUUUACAGCACCUGCCCUUCUGUGGCCAUAAUGCCCUCUCCCAUUCCUAUUGUCUCCACCCCGACCUUAUCCAUCUACCUUGUGGGGACACGUCUAUCAACAAUAUCUAUGGACUCUUCAUUGUCACCUCCACUUUUGGGCUAGAUUCGCUGCUCAUUGUGGUCUCUUAUGGGCUUAUACUCCACACUGUACUGAGUAUCACCACUGGGGAAAGACGGAAGAAGGCACUCAACACGUGUGGCUCGCAUGUCUGUGCUGUACUUGCUUACUAUGUGCCUAUGAUUAGCUUGUCUAUGGUGCACCGCUUUGGAUGUCAUGUGUCCCCUUUGCUGCAUUCAGUGAUGGCCAAUGCUUACCUCUUCCUCCCACCUGUUGUCAACCCAAUUGUGUACAGCAUUAAGACCAAGGAAAUCCAUCGUGGCAUUGCCCGAAUGCUGUCAGAGAAGAGAGCCAGAGUUUAG